UGUGCCUGUGCACGUGGCAACGAGAAACUGAAUCGAUUUGCGGUCGAAUGCCUCGGCGAUUGUGUAUCAAAAUUGAUGCUCACAGAAGCUAAUGGUUUUUGCUACAAUCAGUUGAUUUUUCAACCAUUUCAGGAUAUCCUAUGUGCGGAAAUGUGUUCCGAAGAAUCACAGGAGCAAAUUGUUACAUUACUCGCAACAUUCGUUCACUCAAAUGCGAACAUGAUCGGAUCGGGAUGGCGUCCACUGUUCAGCACUCUGAAGGCACUGCGCAUCGAAAGUCACAAUGAUGCAGAUGCUGACAACGACGAUCAGCUGAAGACCGUUUCUUCGGUACAGGCCACCGUUCUGGAUAUCUUUUCCGCAUAUCUCAAUAUCAGAAAUACCAAUGUUCUGCUGGCCACACUCCUGGACUAUAUCACCUGCGUUCUACAAUAUCUCCAGUCCAUGGAACCUGAGGAUGAUGUGGCCAUCACGUCGACGAACAUAACGGUCGCAUCAACGGCUUUGCAAAAUUUGCUAAAAGUAGAACGAAUGCUUCAUGAUUUGCUAAAUCGCGCCGAUACCGCUGAUCCACAUCUACUGCAAAGGCUAACAAUGCGUGAACGAGAUCAACAGUUUGUCGAGCGACACACCGAUGCUUCGUUUUUGGUGGAACCUUUGUCAACUGUUCUUAUUGAAGAGCCAUUUUUUGAUGUUGUACAGCCGAUUCUUCCAACUGAUUUGGAUCGUUUGUUGGAAGUACCGCAGACAAACUCACCAUGGGAAAAUUAUACAGCGCCAAUGCGAAGUUGUGUUGAGAUUUAUUUGUCGCUGCUUGAGGGCCUCACUGCUGUAACAUUCGUUUGUCCCGUACCGCUACAAUCAAACCUUUUGCGAACAAUUGCCGAUUUGAUUGAAGCUCAGAUCAGCACCGACUAUGGGAUGAAUUUUGGUGCCUAUGGCUUGUCAGUUUUGGUUUUUCCAAUGCUACAGCGAUGGUUGCGAAAAGAAACAGCCGAACAUGAGAAUAAUCUCAAGCAAGCACUUGGCUUAUGUACUGAAAUUGUCAAACAGUACGUGCUUCAUUCCGAAGGUAUACAUUCAAAAACUCUUUUUGCGCACUGCUUUAGUUUACGUAGCUACACAGUUAUUUUUUUGAUCAGGCAUAAUAAACGUCAGAGUUUAGCUGAUAGAUUUACUCAUCACACAGGAUACAUAUAUAAAUGCGAUUCGUUUAGUUUGAAGAAAACACACUACAGGAUUAAUAAACUAAGUUACAGUACUUCUAAAGAACAGACCAUAGGACGAGACUUCUAG